AUUGUGCUCAGAUUCAUUUAUGGUACGUUAGAGGGUGCUGAAUGUUGACUACCCUUUCACUUUGUUUGCGACAGCCGAGUUGUGUGCAUUAGUGAUUCAUGUCUCGUUGUGUUUGUUAGCCAUUGAAAUCUAGCAGUAAAUCACCGAACUGACAGGAAAAGUCCUUCCUGCACUUUUGACUUCAACUUAGAGGUUUUAUUGUCACGUGUUUAUCUUACGAUAAAGCAUACAAAUGAGCUACUAAUGCGAGAAGAGCAUAAAGAACAGCUGUCUGCUCUUGAAAUGCGCUGCUCCUAUGUGAUUCUUACCGACCAUACGAAGAGCUCCUCCUGCGUGUCGAAGUCCGGACACCCGGCGUAGUAGGAGCCCAAUGCCAUCUUGUGUCCCUGUUAUAACCACAGGAAGACGUGGAAGUAGCAGCAGUAGCAGCAGCUCUGCCAGAAUACCUUCGUCUUCCAGUCCCAGACGUGACACAAGUCCUACCUAUCCAGAAGGACCGAUGAGGUGUAUCAGUCCUUCGGAAGAUUCCCCUGGAAGUCAUCAUCGUGUUCAUUUAAUCGACACGAAAUUAUGUCGAGAGACUUCACCUUCCGGAAGAAGAGUUUCUUCCGCUGAUGGUCGUAACAAUGAAAGUGCGCCUUCAUCCUCUCCUGGUUCGCGGCAGCUGAAGUUCGGCAUGGACCGUAUUCUGUCUGAAGAAAUAUCCCCCACCAUUCGGAGACACCAGUAUCAGGAUUCGGUAGUGAUAGCUCCCAAUAUACCAUGCUCGGAGUGUGUAAGUUCGCUGCUGCGAUGUUGCAGACUGAAUGCUCCUGGUUGCGAGUCUACGUCGGGGUUCUGCACGCCGUUCUCCCCUGGAUACUACACCACCCUCCACACUCCCCGACCUGUUCGCCCCUACACAAACAUUCUGGCAGCGGAUGGAAUGCACAUGUCUUCAUCAGACCGCGGUGGUGCUGCUGUCAGUGGAGGGGGAACAAAUAAACGCAAACGAUCAUGGUCACGAGCUGUUUUCUCCAAUCUUCAGCGCAAAGGUCUAGAGAAAAGGUUCCAGCUCCAGAAGUAUAUUACCAAGCCCGACAGGCGACAGUUGGCAGCCACACUUGGGCUCACAGAUGCUCAGGUGAAGGUGUGGUUCCAGAAUCGCCGCAUGAAGUGGCGUCAUAGCAAGGAGGCCAAACACCAGCAAAGUAGCACCAGCAUUAGUGAGAGCAGAAGCACAAGGGAAGAACCAGGUGGUCCAGACUCAACACAGGAGCCAGAGAUAGACAUCCAAACAGUGGACAGCUGAAAAUGGGAAAGAUUAUAUGUACAAGUCUGCAAAAUUGUGGUUCAGGAAAAGAAAAGACAUAUUAUAUGACACUGUCCCACAUAUGGAUAGAGACCACGUGAAGGUAUAAUUAGAUAUUUUGCGAGUAAUGUGAUAGAACUACAAAUUCAGUCACCAACCUGCAGGUUGUCUGAUAUCUGUUAAUGAAACAUGCUGAACUUUAUGGUCUGUGUCUUAAUCCUGCAUACUGCAUAAACAAAAUGAACAGUUUUCAGUGACUUAGACUUUCACAGUCUGUUGUUUUGUUUUCCAUAUUUACGUCAGGCAAUGUCUGACUCUUACAGAUAUUUUCAUGCUAUGUCUUUCUUUCCUUUUUUUAAAGAACCAGUGAGUAUUCUGUUGAGCCAUGAUUCAGCUAACAUUUAUUGCCACAUAUUUGACUUCAUUGCCUUGCUAAAGUUGUCCUUCGUUUUAGACAUGGCUGCAUAUUUGAAUUUUAAUUGUACAGUAAUGCAUCUUGAUAAGUUUGGUUAUAGAUUAUCUCAAAUGAAUGUAUGGAUCAGACAUUUGUAACUUCAUAACUUUCUUCUCUCAGCACCACCAUGAAGUUCAAAGCACCUCUUGUACCCUCCCCUAAGUUUUUUCUAAAAAUAGGAUUUAUGUUAUAAAAUUGCAUGUCUGUAUAUUUAUGCAUAUAAUAAUCUUUUAAUUAAUUUUGUAAAAGUGUUUUCAGUAGAUAGAUACAUAUCCAGUUGAUUAAAGCUGCAAUCUUACAAAAUCAUAUGCAUACAAAUUGUGAAGAAAGGAUUUUAUAUUGUUUCUAGAAGUUUAUAAUCAAUGGAAUUUUAUCUGCAGCUUUCAUUUAACUGAAACAUGGUUUAAAACAGACAACAGCAUUUUAGGUGAGAUUUCAGAAGAAAACCAUCUUCCACAGAAUUUCAAUAUUUACAAUUAUUUUGCAAUUUAUGAAAUUAAAGAAUACUUUUGAAAUGUGCCUCAAAAUAUUGCUUGAACAUGUAAGACUUGCAUAGAAGCAGAUAUUUGGUACUUUGAGGCCCUUCUGUUGAAUAAUGUAAGUCUACAUUAUAUGCAUGAGAAAGCAUACAGUGGUGUAUUAGCAGUCACUCUGUAUGGCAAUGAUUCUGUUUUGUAUUGCACUGAGUCUGGCACAAUAAAGACUCUGUAUGUCUCUUAUGUAAUUUUAAAAUAAAUCAUGCAGAAACAAUGGUCUUUACAUACUUGCAUAAAAAAAUGAAAUGAGUGAAAUAAUUAUAUUGUUGAAAUUGAAGAGAGUUUUCAAAGUGUCUAAACUAAUUAAUGUUGUUAAUUACUUAUUUAACAAAACUUACCACUGCCUUUAUUCAACCCUUGGUGAUUGAGGACUGGGGAGUGUACUUUUCUGGCCUCAUAUGAGACUCUCCUUUAACAUUUUAGGCAUGUUCAUGGAAGAUUCUGACCAAAGAUAUGAUGUAUCUGAGAUUUGUUAACAGUUAACAAUGUAAAUAGAAUAUAAGGCAUCAAUAUUUUUUAUCAUUUCACUUAUUUGUGAAUAUAUAUAAUUGAUAUUUUCCACAAAUAAUAUCCAUGAAUAAUUUUUACAUAAAGUUUCUAGCUAUGUGGUAGAUGAGGAUUUAUUUUGUGGUAAUAUCUGUUUUGUUUGUCUAAUAUAUUCUCAGAAGAAAUAUGAUGCAAGUAAAUUCAUAUCUUGACAUAAAUGUU